AGUCAAUUGUUUUCGAAGUUUUGUAUGUGGAUUUCAUAAAUAAAUAAACACUCGAUCAGAUAUAUUAACACACACUAGUAUAUCAUAGAAAUAUAGUUUUAAAUAUUUUAUUAUAGGUUUAAUUGAGAUACAAUGGCUUCAGCACCGACAGAUUGGCAGCUGGAAUGCACUGAAUUAAAGCAACGGGGGGCCUACCUUCUUCAAACAGGCCAGUGGUCUGAUUGCACCUUCUUAGUAGGAACGGAACCCAACCAAGUAGUGGUGGUCGGUCACAAGCUCAUCCUAGCGAUGGCAUCUCCGGUGUUCGAAGCAAUGUUUUAUGGUGGGAUGGCUGAACGAAAUGAACCAAUACCAAUCGUAGACGUCCAAAUAGAUGCCUUUAAAGCUCUUCUAGAAUACAUUUACACAGGCAAUAUAAACAUUAGUUCAUUCGAUAAGGCCUGCGAAUUAUGUUACGGCGCCAAGAAGUAUAUGCUGCCACAUCUGGUUAAAGAAUGCACCAGAUAUUUAUGGUCUGAUCUGUACCCUAGAAAUGCCUGUAGGGCUUAUGAGUUUGCAAGACUGUUUGAAGAGAAUGUGCUCAUGGAGAAAUGUAUUCAGGUAGUUUCAUUUGAUGAUUAACACAACACUAAAGAGGUCCUAAAUGACAGCAGUUUUGAGGAGGUGGAGCUUAACACGGUCAUUACUGUAUUCUCUUUAGACCAUCUCAAUGUUGACAGUGAACUAGACCUAUUUGAAGCUGCUGUGAGAUAUGCAAAAGCAAUGGAAAAAAGGAAUGUUGAAAACAACAGCCCCCCAGCAGAUGGAGCAUCUGCAAGUGAAAAUCGUCCAAAGAGUCCCGUGCCUUCAACAUCCCAGGAGAAAGAACAGGUGGUGAAUAUUGAUAGUAGUGCUGAAAGUAGCCCAGAGGCAGUCAUGGACACUUGCAAGUCAAAUGAAGCCGAGACAGCAACUCCAACGCAAACUAAACAUUUAGAUAAGUUGGGAGAGAAGAAAGAAAAGCCAUCAAUUCGUCGUGCUGUGGAGAAGAUUCGUUUCUUGACUCUAUCGCCUCAGCAGUUUGCGGCAGGUCCGGCACGUUCGGUGCUGCUCAGUGAGAGUGAAGCCUUUGCCGUGCUCAUGAACAUCCUCAAUGCUCACACUGAUGUAGCGUUGCCUGAAGGCUUCUCCACUUCCAGGGUGCCAAGGAAGCAACUGAUCAGUUCCAAUUAUGCCUACCUUCACCGUGGACACUCCGAGUCCAGUGAGUGUGGAGCAAGUGUGGGGCGAGCUGCAUCCCAGACCAUCCCGACACGAUGGAGUAAAGUUACCCUUUCAAUCCACAAUCCCGUCUCCGGUAUGGUCGUGUUAGAGCACAUGGAGCGUCACAGCGACGGACACAAGAUGUACUGUCAGAGGGCGCUGGUGCAGCACACGGACUGUCUUAACACCAACUCGCUGGACUGCUCCGUCACGUUCAUGGUAGACAAGAACAUUUGUCUUCUGGGAGUUCAGGUGCCAACCCAGGCUCCCAGCGAGGAGUCAGGUGGAUAUGUCUGUGGUGGUGGAGGGUACUCUGAACUCCUGUACGCACACUUGCUGGAUUCUGAUGGGGCGAGGCUCACGUACACACACUACACACAUCGGGUACCAUACCGACAUCUGCAGGACAUCAUGUUCAACAGACCUGUCUACAUACAGAAGAAUAAGGUCUACAAGGUAGCAAUAGUUUUCAACAAGAUGGGCUGGUACCCGAUUGGUCUGUGCGCACAGCAGGUGACCGCUGAGGGGGUGUCCUUCAACUUCGGCAUCGGACACAACUGUGACUCCAUCAGGGAUGGACUCAUCAGAUCUAUCAUAUUCACAUACUAGUCUGCCCCAUUAAAGGAUGGAUUCACCGUAGGAAAUGUAUUUAGUAGCGACCCAGUAGGUGAAGAUGAAGAUGUGUACUGAAUUGAGUUAUUAUUUACCGUAUAGACAUCAACACUGCCUUAUACUAAAAUAAUACAUGUAUAAUCUCGAUCUAUUUAACAAUGUUUUUUUUAGUUUUGAAAAAUAUUUUAAAUUUGAACUGGCUAACCCGUAGAAAUCCCACUAGCCUAUACAGACUAUAAACAUUCAAUUAAAUAACACCUUAUUUACAUAUGAAAUAUAUAAUUUUAACCUCUUAAACUUUAAUACAGUGCUUAAGUCUUAUAUAGUGUGAUUAUUUCUAUUUGAUAUCUAAGUAUAUUAAUCUGACAGGAAAUAUUAUUGGUUCUUUAUGGUAAGCGUUAGCACUAUUCAUACUUUAAUUAAACUUCUAACUAAAUGUUACAUUAACAUUGAUAAUUUUAUUAUUUAUUGCAAUUCAAUAUUUAAAUUCUGUAGAGAAAACUUUUGACAGAUAAUAAAAAAUAUUUAGUUACAUUUUAUUUUCAGCUGUAUUCAUAUAAAAAGUGUGCAGAAGGAUUUUUUUAUAAUAAAAUGAAAAUUAUUA